UUUUUUUACAAUGCAAAUCCAGUCCAAUUUUUUUUAAAAGCCACCUGCUUGUGCAGGUCAGGUAGGGUGCGUUCAGGUGUUCCCAUGAGAUAAGCAACCCAUUCCCCAAGGAGCCCGGCACUUAUUACCUACCAAGGUUUUGCUGGCAUCAGUACCUGGGGCAGAGCUGCACCCUCCAAACGUCGCCGAUGGCUGAUGCAGAGUUUGGCGGCAUGUCCAUAAAGGAGGUGGAAAUCGAGGGCAAACGCAAACCCUUGCAGCCUCACUGGUAUGAGCUGUACGUCCAGCCUUGCAUAGCCGAGCUCCUGGGCUCUACCCUCUUCAUCUUCAUCGGCUGCUCUUCUGUGAUCGAGAACGUGGAGAGCACGGGGCGGCUGCAGCCGGCGCUGGCGCAUGGGCUGGCUCUGGGGCUCAACAUCGCCUUUUUGGGCAAUAUCAGUGGUGGCCAUUUCAAUCCAGCUGUCUCCCUGGCGGCGUGGCUGAUCGGUGGGCUGAACAUCGUGCUGCUCCUCCCUUACUGGGUUGCCCAGAUGUGCGGAGGGGCGAUAGGUGCUGCCUUGGCAAAGGCCAUGACGGCAGGUGAGAGAUACGUCAAUGCCACGGGCGGGGCUUUCUCCACCAUCACGUCCGAUGAGCAGAUCCCCGCGGCCAUCGUGGGCGAGAUCGUCAUGACCUUGUUCCUGGUCCUGGCUGUCUGCAUGGGAGCCAUCAAUGAGAAGACCAAGACCCCUCUGGCACCCUUCUGCAUCGGCUUCACGGUCACGGCGGACAUCCUGGCCGGGGGCGCGGUAUCGGGGGCCUGCAUGAACCCUGCUAGAGCUUUCGGGCCAGCGCUGGUGGCAAACUACUGGGACUAUCACUGGCUUUACUGGGUGGGGCCCAUGGUAGCCAGCCUGCUCGCCAGUCUGCUGAUAAGGCUCCUGCUCGGCGGCAGGGAAAUCCGCCUGUUUCUGAAGUGAGACCGGGCACGGGACUGUGCCUCGGCUGGGUCCGUGGCCCCGUGCGAGUGCCUGCUGGUCGGGACGUGGGUCGGACUCGGGCGCAGGAAAGCUCUGCCGGCCCCGUGCCAGGCC